GGAAGACACGACAGGAAGCGAGUGAAGUGACGGAGACGUUCAGUGACGUGUCAGUCUGCGUCCAACCAAAGCUCUUUACUGACGACUGACGUCAUCACACGUUGAUUCAACCGGAAAUAACAAGCGACCGACUUAUUCAUCUGCAGAGACUCCGCCGUGCGACCGUCCGACCGGGACCGGAAACGGUCUGCGACCAGGACCGGAAACGGUCUGUGACAAACUUCAUUCAAACAAACAUGUGACAUGACGGUGCAGGUGCGCUGCCUGUCGUUCCGGCAGCCGUACGCUGGUCUGGUUCUGGACGGAGUGAAGACGGUGGAGAGCCGCUGGAGGCCCCUUCUGGCCCCGCUGGAGAACCAGACCCUGGCGAUCCACAUCGCCCAGCGGGACUGGGAGGGGGAUGAGUGGCGGGCAGUGCUGAACGGCCCGCUGGGGAUGAACCGGGCCCAGAUUCAAGCGGUCCUGGAGUCUGGGGACAGGUUCGGCCGUGGCGUGGUGGCAGGAUUGGUGGAUGUGGGUACUACUUGGCUCUGCCCCGCCUUCCUGCAGGGGGAGGAGCUACAGCGCCUGGAGAGCUCAGCCGUUCUGAUUGGUCUGCAUGAGAAGCACCUGACUAACCUGUCCAACCCCCGCUGGCUGAAGGAGCCGCUGAGGUCACGAGGAGGUCGCGACCUCUGGACUGUGGAGAUCGCUGCUGAGCUGUUGCCAUGACGACACAUGAUGCACACAGCUCCUUACAGGAAACCAACUGAAUGCUAAUGUAGCAUGCUAACAUGCUAAUGGAAUGAAGAGAAUGAAGGAAAGGAAAUGUUCUGAAGUUUGGUUUGUCUUCAUUUUGAUUGACAGGCGAUGAAACAAGAACAAUCUUCAUGAAAUCAUUGUCGUCAAUAAAGUGAAAGUUCAGUCUGA